AUGAAUGACCUAUUAUCAUCUCUAAUUAACUUUAGUGUAAAAGAAGAAUUAAAAAACAGUAGUAAUAUUAGUGAUAGAUUAUUAUAUAUAGUUUGGAAUAAUAUAUUUUUAAGAAAUGAAAUUCAUAAACAUAUUUUAAAGUUUAUUGAAUAUAGUGUUGUAGAUCUUAAUAAAUCACAAUAUGACCAGUUUAAAUAUAAAUCAUAUAUAACCAGACUUAAUUGGAAUGGUGAUACACUACCUGAUAAAAAUGAAUUUCCACCAUUUUUGACAAUUUUAAAUUUGUUCUAUUGUUAUAAAAAGUUAACUCCAACAACUUUACCAAAUACAAUAACUACACUCACAUUCGGUUAUGAAUUUAACAAAGUAAUUCUACCCGACACAUUACCAAAUAGUCUCACAACACUCACAUUCAGUCAACGUUUUAACAAAGUAGUUCAACCCGGCACAUUACCAAAUAAUCUCACAACACUCACAUUUGGUCAUUAUUUUAACCAAGUAGUUCCACCGGGUACAUUACCAAAUAAUCUCACAUCACUCACAUUCGGUUAUGAUUUUAACCAAGUAAUUCUACCCGGCACAUUACCAAAUAAUCUCACAACACUCACAUUAGGAACUAAAUUUAACCAGGUAUUUCCACCUGUCACAUUACCAAAUAGUCUCACAACACUCACAUUCGGUUAUUGUUUUAACCAAGUAGUUCUACCUGGUACAUUACCAAAUAGUCUCACAACACUCACAUUUGGUGAUAAUUUUAACCUUGAAGUUCUACCCGACACAUUACCAAAUAAUCUCACUACACUCACAUUCGGUGAUAAAUUUAACCAAGUAAUUCUACCCGGCACAUUACCAAAUAGUCUCACAACACUCACAUUCGGAACUAAAUUUAACCAAGUAGUUCCACCUGGCACAUUACCAAAUAGUCUUAUAACACUCACAUUCCGUAGUAAAUUUAACCAAGUAGUUCUACCCGGUGCAUUACCAAACAGUCUCACAACACUCACAUUUGGUGAUAGUUUUAAUCAAGAAGCUCCACCCGGUUUAUUAACAAAAAAUAAUAAUUAA